AUGCCGGGGUCCACGCCCGGCGCCCGCGCCCUGAUUCCCGCACAGAAGGGAGCCCUCGGGGCAGCGCGCCUCGGCCCUUCGCUCCCGGAGAGUUCCCGGCGCCCGCCGAGGGCGGGAGCGGCGGCACCCAAGGCCACCUCUCCUCGCCUUCUAGGGUCAAACCCCUCGCACUUUACCUGGACCCGAUGGCCCAAGUCCCGGCGCUCGGCCAGAGCCGCCUAUGCAGUGCUACUCCGAGCCCCGGAGAAACCUACACUACCGCGGACACUCCUCCUACGCUGGUCAGCAGGUCUCCAGAGCGCAGCAAGCAAGAUCGCCGCACAGACUCAGACUUCCCCCUUGGGUGAGCCCCCGGGGUCAGUGCUCCGGACCAUCGUCCGCACCCAGCCGGGAAGCCAGCCGGCCCUCGGCCCGCCUUGUCGGUCCCCGCCACCCGGAGACCUCCCCGGCCCCGCUGCAUUGCCGCCGAACGCUCCAGUUGGGGCAGCCUCAGGAGUCCAGACGCAGCGAGGGGACCCCCCCACCCCACCCCCGAGCGCUCUCGGCUUGACUCCCUUCUCCCCAACCUCCAAAACAGGUUACCUUGUCCACGCUCUCCAGACCACGCUUUGGACUUUUUCACUUUUAUUUAAGAGUCCACCCGGGGAAGGAGGAAAAAAAAAAAAUCCAGAGGAGAUCCGAGUCAAUUGGAAAGAAAAAAAAAUUCAAAAGGGUGUCCACAGCGACGAAAAAGGGGCAGGAUGACUUCCCAUAUCUACAAGUGGAACAUCCAGGUGGAAGGACACACCGUGAGACCUAGGGUUUGAAUUCCGGCUCUGCACGUACCAGCUCUGUGGCCUUGAACAAGUUCCUUAACCUCUCUGUGCCUCAGUGUCUUCCAUCUGUACAUGGGUGUUGUGAUACAACCUAACCCUCAAAGGGCUUUUCUAAACUUGAAAUGAGUGUCUGGAACUUGCCUGACAGCACAAUUUUGCCCUUAUUUGUAUCUUGGCCCCACCUCUUACAAGCUCUGUUAUCUUAACCUC